CGGGAUCUAGGAGUGGUUUCACUUUCCGACCUGAGGAAAAGCAUCUUAACAUAACGGUAUUUUCAUUAAGCUAUAUAAACAAACCGUUCGCGUUUUACGUUUAUGUCACGAGACAAUGGAAUGCUAGAAAAGAAAGUUUCUUGUGUUUGUUACGGGAUCUUCUGUUAGUGAUUUCACAUCUGCUGAAUGACCGGUGCUUUGUCUUCAGUAUAACUUCUCAUUGCUGGGAUGUGUCGUGAUUAAAGGAGCCGCCCCACUGUUUCACACACACACUUCAUUGGAUCGCACACCCGCUCGUCUCUGCAGCACUAUGUUGGCCCUCCUGUGGUGUGCUCUGCUGCCUGUGCAAGCUCUCGCUCUGAAUGUCAUCGUCCCAGAAUCCCCCGUGGUGGCUCUGUAUGGGAUGGACACAGUUCUCAACUGCUCUUUCUCAGGGGUAACAAAGUUUAACCUGUCUGACCUGACUGUGUUCUGGCAGCUAUCAGACACAAAGCGCAACGUACACAGUUUUUCGCAGAGCCGGGAUCAGCUAACCGACCAAGAUGAGAGAUUCGCUAAUCGCACGAGCCUUUACCCAGAUCAGCUGACGGCGGGAAACGUGUCGCUCCUGCUGAAGAAGGUGCGUGUUGUGGAUGAGGGUAGCUACACCUGUUUUGUGAGGGUGCAGGCGUACAGCAGCGCUUCCCUGCUUAUGCAAGUAGCAGCUCCAUUCUCCAAACCGCUGGUCACCUGGGACACAGAGUCCCACCUAAAGCCUGGUGAAGUGGUGGACCUCACCUGUGUGGCGUAUGGAGGAUAUCCACAGGCUGAUGUGCUGUGGCAAGAUGGAGCUGGACGCAACUUGACGACGGACAACAUUACCACCUCUCAAGUAGCCAAUGAGGAGGGGCUUUUCAGUGUUAAGAGUGUUCUGACGGUCAUUUUGGAGCCCAACAGCACAUACAGUUGCCGACUGAUCAAUCCACUGUUAGGGGACGAAGGACAGGCAUCUGUUACAAUCACAGGUCAGCACCUGGUGUUCCCACCUGUUGCAUUAUGGGUAACAGUGGGCCUGGCCAUUUGUUUGCUGGGUCUCCUCAUCGCACUGGCUGCUGUCUGCCGCAGGAAGAUCAAAGAGAGCUGUGAGGAAAUGAGAGCGGAGGAAGAAGCCAAAGAACUUGAGGAAGCCAAAAAGUUUGAAGAAGCCGAAUCAGCUGCAACACCUCUGAAGAGCUAAAGUUGGAGACCACAGGGUUGUUGUGGCUGGGCAGUCUGAGGGCCAUGCACAGAUUUUACAGCAUCAUAAUUCAGUCCGAGAUUCAGCCUCAUCCCAUCCAGAAGCAUUUCCCUGGUAUUUGUCAUACGGGAUUUAAACUUGCGUGUUUUUUACGCAUGGUUUGAAUCCUUUUUAUGUUUUGACAUUUCACUCAAUUUCUUUCUGUAUGCGCAAGGGAAGCCAUGUAUACAGGAGAGUGAAACAAACAAUGACUGAUUUUGCAUUACGUGAGUGACUUUAUAAAAGUUCUGGCUGGUUGUACAUUAUCCUGAAAAUCUACCAUCCACUGUGAUGACACUCUUUAAUCGUUCACAAUAGAGAGCAACAGUGGGCUUUUGGAAGUAAAAAAUCCCAUUCACUUUCUCCAUAGAGAAAUUCAUUUUUAACGAUAACACAUAAACUUUUCAAGACAGACCCACCUUGAGCUUUAAGGUUGGUAAGUGAUAAUACAUGCUUCUGUAGAGGCCACAAGUCAGUUAAACAUGAAUUAUUAUUGGCUGACUUCAUGAGGAAAAACUACAUUACCCAGAAUCCUUAACUCUUUCCCCGCCAGCGUUUUUUUUUUAAGUUGCCAGACAGUGCCAGCAUUUUUAAUGUUUUUUUUUUUUACAAAAGUUUAAUUCCUUUCAUAAAAUGUUCUUCAUAAUCAAAUAUAUAAACAUACAAUAUAUCAAAAGAAAGAACAGGCAGUCUGUUUAAAAAAAAGUUUCAUCCUACCUUCAUUUGUUUUUUAUCACCUUUCAAAUGUGGGUAGGCUUUUUCAAAAACACAAAAUUUUGAGCAAAAAGCUGUGAUAAUUCCAUUUUUGGAAAGGACUUUUUAUAGAGAUCAGAUUCAGAGCGAUCCUCAAAACUUACACGGACAUACAGCUGUUUGCCCUAGGGCGAUACUUCUGGGUUUAUAAGUUGCUGAAGAGCGCCACCUGGUUAAUAAUAGUGGUAUUACAGAUUGCCGGAAAUACUCAUCAUUGGCAGGGAAGCAUUUUCUCUUAAUUGACGAGUAAACUCAUCAAUGGUGGGGAAAAAGUUAAUCAGAUAAUUUACUAAAGUGCCAUUUGUGGAUGUAUUUGUGGACAUUUUAAUAUUGGACAAGAAACCUUAAAUACAUUUACAAUGUACGCUGUCUUAUUUUAUUUGUAUUUUUUUUAAUGGUCUCAAGUUCAAAUUUUUCCGCAUACGCAAGGGUCCCCUUACACUGUAUGCACACUGCCAGAUUUUUGUAACCAGACAUACCAUGUACGGUUAGGUUGUGCAUGUAUGUACAGGAGAAUGUAGUAUGUUCCCAAGAGAUGCAUUGCAUUUUGUCGCAAUACGCAUGCGUUGAACGUCUGUACAAAUGGCUACGAGUCAAAUAAACUACACUUUGCAAGGCUGUGCAUUUGACCGUGCGCUAUUUUCACAUACACAUAAAACAAUAUGUACCUUUGAGGAACUAAUAUGAACUCUUUAGAUGCAAAAGUGUUCUGUUUGAAAGGGUAGCACCCCUAUGACAGCUAGGGACCAUUUAUAGGCCUUUUUUUUUUGACAGUGUAUUGUAUACUUAUAAUUAUUGGUCUUAAAGGAAAACACCACCGUUUUUCAAUAUUUUACUGUGUUCUUACCUCAACUUAGACAAAUUAAUACAUACCUAUCUUUUUUUCAAUGCGUGCACUUUAAUCUUUGUACAGCACGUUGUGAAUGUGUUAGCAUUUAGCCUAGCCCCAUUCAUUUCUUAGGAUCCAAACAGGGAUGAAUUUAGAAGCCACCAAACACUUCCAUGUUUUCCCUAUUUAAAGGCUGUUGCAUGAGUAGUUACAUGAGUAAGUAUGGUGGCACAAAAUAAAACUUUUGGUUGGAGCCAUAGGAAUGAAUGGGGCUAAGCUAAAUGCUAACACAUUCAAGAAGCGCUGUACAAAGAUUAAAAGUGCACGCCUUGAAAAAAGAUAGGUAUGUAUUAAUUCAUCUAAGUUGAGGUAAGAACAUGGUAAAAUAUUGAAAAACGGUGGUGUUUUCCUUUAAGUCAUAUUCCUAAAAUGUCAAAUACUGUUUUGCUUUAAACCAAAGAUUUUAUGUUGUGCUUUCGCCGAGCUGCUGGUUUGUUUUUUUAUUUUAAAUUCCAAUAUUAAAAACAGGAAGAAUAUUUUCAGAACCGAAGCUGGCUAUAAAGUGGGCUGUCGCUGUUGCCCUCUAAUGCAGUUUUAAAAUUGGACUAAAUGUAAAUACGCAGACAUGAAGGGCAGCCGAGACCAAACAGAACUUUCCAUCACAUCAUUUCCUCAUUUAUAUUCCUCCUGUCUUUCUGCGGCUUUUCUAAAUAACAUCAGAAGUGAUAAACUCCGCUAUUUUACCAACCUGUCCUCUUUCUUUCUUUUCUUCGAGUGUCUGAUAUAUAUGGCAUGCGCCUGUAAUUGUAUGCAGAACGUGUUAAAGGGAAAAUUCGUUUGAAGACCAUUGGGUCUGACAAGCUCGGAGCUCCACCACUGUCACCGGCUCCCAUCUACUCUGCAUUAGGAGAAAAGCACCAUGCAACAUCUCUGACCUAAUAGAAAGUGAGUAGUUUAAGAAAGCAGCCGGCGAACAGCUCACCGUCAGCAUCUCAGAUGAGGAAGGCAUCCUAUUUCUCUCCUUCCCUCUCUCACUUUUUCUCGCCGCUUCCUCACGAUCGCUCCAUCCUGGCCUAAUUAACGCCUGCCCAUGAAGUAACUUGUAGCUGUCAGCGUCUGCCUGCUCCGCAAAAAUCCAAUAACUUCAGGGAGCAAUUUAGAUGGAACACCAGCUAAGCACCAGCAAACUACAAAUGGUGCAUGAGAACCGCCCAACUUACUGACCUGACAGCAUUGUGCUGAGAUCGGUUGUGUUAUUGCAUGCAACUUAUUGACUGCGAAGUGGAAUGUAUUGCAGACUGGGAUGUUUUAUCUUUAAACUGUUUUAUUGUUGUUUGUUUUUAUAGUUUCAUCUGGUACUUUGAAAAUAGGAUGUAUUUGAAUUGGAUAUGUACCAGUUUUUGUUGCUUGUCAUUUAUUAUGUUUAGAAAUUAAAAUGGUUUGUUUUA